GUACUGGGAUUGGCAGGUAUUGGGAUCAAUAGGUUCUGGGACCAGUGGGACAUGGUGGGUUCUGGGAUCGCUGGGUACCAGGAGCUGCAGGUAUUGCCCCCCCUUUUACAGGUGCUGCAGUACAAUGUACCUGGUGGGAAGCUGAACCGUGGGCUGACGGUGGUGGCCGCGUUCCGGGAGCUGUCGGGGCAGAAUGAUGCUGACAGUCUGCGCUGUGCCAUGGCCGUGGGCUGGUGCAUUGAGCUGUUCCAGGCCUUCUUCUUGGUGGCUGAUGAUAUCAUGGAUCAGUCCCUGACGCGGCGGGGGCAGCUGUGCUGGUAUAAGAAGGAGGGGAUCGGUUUGGAUGCCAUCAACGACGCCUUCCUCCUCGAGUCCUCUGUAUAUAGAAUGUUAAAGAAGUACUGCGGGCAGCAGCCGUAUUAUGUGCAUUUACUGGAGCUCUUCCUGCAGACCGGCUACCAGACGGAGCUGGGGCUGCUCGGUCUCAUCCCACCUCCCAUCUCCAAAGUGGAUUUGAGCCUCUUCACUGAGGAGAGGUACAAAGCCAUUGUAAAGUACAAGACGGCCUUCUAUUCCUUCUACCUACCUGUAGCUGCUGCCAUGUAUAUGGCUGGGAUUGACAGUAAGGAAGAACACGAGAAUGCCAAAGCCAUCUUGCUGGAGAUGGGGGAAUACUUCCAGAUCCAGGAUGAUUACCUGGAUUGCUUUGGGGACCCGGAGCUGACGGGGAAGGUGGGCACCGACAUCCAGGACAACAAAUGCAGCUGGUUGGUGGUUCAGUGCCUGCAGCGCGUCACGCCGGAGCAGCGGCAGCUCCUGGAGGAGAACUACGGCCGUAAGGAGCCCGAGAAGGUGGCAAAAGUGAAGGAGCUCUAUGAGAGCGUGGGGAUGAGGGCCGCGUUCCAGCAGUACGAGGAGAGCAGUUACCAGCGCCUGCAGGAGCUGAUCGACAAGCGCUCGAACCGCCUCCCAAAGGAGAUUUUCCUCGGCCUGGCACGGAAGAUCUAUAAGCGCCAGAAAUGAGCGGGGUCGGGCCGGCAAUGGGGCUCGGAGCUCCACGUUGGGUUGGGUUGGGAUGGGUUGGGUUGCAUUGGGUUGAGUUGAAUUGGCUUUACAGCCCCGGUCCCCCCGGUGCAUCCUCCUCCCAUUGGGUUGGGUUGAUUUGGGUUGGGUUGGGAUGGCUUUGCAGCCCCUGACCCCCCAGUGAUUCCUCCUCCCAUUGGGUUGGGUUGGGAUGGGUUGGGUUGCACUGGGUUGGGUUCAGUUGGGUUGGCUUUGCAGCUCCGGUCCUUCCUCCUCCCAUUGGGUGGAGUUGAGUUGGGUUGGGUUGGGAUGGCUAUGUAGCCCCAGUCCCCCCAGUCCUUCCUCCUCCCGUUGGAUUGGGUUGGGUUGCAUUGGGUUGGGUUGUGUUGGCUUUGUAGCCCCAGUCCCCCCGGUGCUUCCUCCUCCCGUUGGGUUGGGCUGGGUUGAGUUGAGUUGAGUUGGGUUGACUUUGCAGCUUCAGUCCUUCCUCCUCCCGUUGGGUUGAGUUGAGUUGGAUUGGGUUGAGUUGGGUUGGGUUGCAUUGGGUUGGGUUGGGUUGGCUUUGCAGCCCCUGACCCCCCGGUGAUUCCUCCUCCCAUUGGGUUGGGUUGGGUUGCACUGGGUUGGGUUCAGUUGGGUUGGCUUUGCAGCUCCGGUCCUUCCUCCUCCCAUUGGGUUGAGUUGAGUUGGGUUGGGUUGGGAUGGCUAUGUAGUCCCAGUCCCCCCGGUCCUUCCUCCUCCUGUUGGAUUGGGUUGAGUUGCACUGGGUUGGGUUGUGUUGGCUUUACAGCCCCGGUCCACCCGGUGCUUCCUCCUCCUGUUGGGUUGGGCUGGGUUGAGUUGGGUUGAGUUGGGUUGACUUUGCAGCUUCAGUCCUUCCUCCUCCCAUUGGGUUGAGUUGAGUUGGAUUGGGUUGAGUUGGAUUGGGUUGAGUUGGAUUGGGUUGGGUUGGCUUUGCAGCCCCUGACCCCCCAAGUGAUUCCUCCUCCCAUUGGGUUGGGUUGGGUUGCAUUGGGUUGGGUUGGGAUGGCUUUGCAGCUCCGGUCCUUCCUCCUCCCAUUGGGUUAAGUUGGGUUGGGAUGGCUAUGUAGCCCCGGUCCCCCCAGUCCUUCCUCCUCCCGUUGGAUUGGGUUGGGUUGGGUUGGGAUGGCUUUGCAGCCCCGGUCCCCCCGGUGCUUCCUCCUCCCAUUGGGUUGGGUUGGGUUGAGUUGGGUUGGCUUUGCAGCUCCGGUCCUUCCUCCUCCCAUUGGGUUGAGUUGCAUUGGGUUGGGUUGGGAUGGCUUUGCAGCCCCGGUCCCCCCGGUGCUUCCUCCUCCCAUUGGGUUGAGUUGGGUUGGCUUUGCAGCUCCAGUCCUUCCUCCUCCCAUUGGGUUGAAUUGGGUUGGGUUGGCAGCCCCGGGGUUGUGUUGGGUUGUGUUGGCUUUGCAGCCCCGGUCCUCCCGGUGCUUCCUCGUCCCGUUAUCACGGUUCGGGUGCCUCAUUUUGAUGCCGUGUGUCAAUAAAUGUAAUUUAUUGCCGU